AUGGAGUGGGUUCCGUGCACCGAGCAGACGGGGUCGGUGGGCUGCCGCGAGGGGCACUGCGCAACCUCUCUUCAAGAAAAAAGUACUGGAGAAGAAUGGGUUUUGGUUGUUGGGGGAUAUUGCGAAGGGGAGCGCGACGGCGCGGUUAUGGCAGCGCGAGCAGAUGGACUGCCGAUGCUACGAUGGGUUCGGCUGGAUAAGCCCAACAUGACGUGGUUCGAAUGUGAUGGGGCUUCGCUAACGCACGUAACUGGCGACACCGCCUACUUCUUUGGUGGAUUAAACGAGCACAUGAAUCACAGUAAUCAGUUACUCUGUCUUUCCCUGCAUCAGGGGCAACAGGGUGAUCUUUCCCUCGAUGUGGUGAAGGUAGAGACAACAGGAGACGUCCCUCUUCCGCGCGCGAGGCAUUCAGCUGGUAGUGCCGGGCGGUAUUUCGUUGUGUUCGGUGGUGAAACGGAAGAUGCUGAACAAAAUAAUGACGGAUACAUCCUGGACACCGACACAAUGGUAUGGACACGAAUUCCAACAGGGCACCAGGUGCCCAAUCCACGACUUCUCGCCGGCCCUCUUGUGUUCUACUCACCCCACGGGUGCAUACUUUACGGUGGGGCACACUUUGUGAACGGCGAUAUAAGGAGUAUGUCUGACGUGUGGAACCUGCACAUCCCGCUGGGAGGCACAUGGUUUAACGUUUCCUAUGGGGACGGCGCCCCCGCCUGUCGCUUCCCGAGGUCGAAUGGUCACGCCGGUGGCGUUCUGGGGCGGGUUGGGGGAGAAACUGUAGUGUUGUUUGUUGGAGGAAAGGAUGCCGCUGAGGGGUGUGACAGAGUAAAACAGGUGCAGCCUCCGAAAUCUGCUGAAGACAAAUUCCAUCUUCGUCUGGUAGACCCCGUGUUGGCUGGUGGUGAGGGCCCGCACUGGCGGUACACACCAGCAGCGGUAGAUACACGACGUGGCGUAUUGCUUUUGGGUGGUCAGUGCCGUCAUCCACAGGAGGUUGCUGCCUUCCUACUAAAGCAGACGGGUGUUACUUUGCAACGGUAA